AUGACCACUGAAAAUAUAGACCUGGAAACACUCAUAACACUUGUUCAACAAAGAUCUUCCAUCUAUAAUUAUAAAGAUAAACAACAUAGUAACCGAGAUGUUCAGGAAAAAUUAUGGACAGAAAUAUCCAGAAUACUAAAAGCUCCAGUUUUAGAAUGUAAAACCAAAUGGACAACUUUACGUAAUUCGUUUUCUAGACAAUUGCGUGAGGAAAAGAAAUUUACAUCUGGGUCCGGUGCAACGAAAAAAAGGAAAUGGUAUUUAUACGAUAACAUGGCGUUCUUAAAAGAUUAUAUGUUGCAACACAAAACUAUGACAAGUAACCUUACUGCGGAUGAUUUGGAUGAAACAACCUAUACAAAUGUUGAAGAAUCUGAAGUUCCAAAUGUUGAGGAAGACCCUGAUGUGACGCUUCAGUUGAACCCAGGUGUAAAUGUGGAUGAAGAAAUAGAUAGUGAACAGAGUUCAAGUGCACACGAGUUUAAGAAACCGAAAAAAAUUAAAAAAGUUCUAGCAAGUGAGAUGAUUGCAGAACCAAUGAUCAGCUAUUUAAAAUCAAAAACUACUCCUAAAGUCAAUCCAAUUGAAGAUCCACCAGAACUAUUAUUUUUAAAAAGUUUAGUACCAGAUAUUAAAAAACUCAAUAACAAAAACCAGCGUAGAUUUAAAAACACUGUUUUAAAUACAUUGGAUCAACUACUUGAUGAACAAGAAACUUCAUCUUCAGCAACAUCGAUAUAUACAAGUAACUUUUCGCCAUUAUAUUCAAACAAUGUACAGCCAAACCAACAGCAUACUAUUCAGCCUCAACCAUUAAAUCAAAACACGCCUCAAACUACACAGUUUCUCUUUCCUGAAAGUCCAGAAUUAUUGUCUUCUUCAGAAAGUUCAAACUCAUAUCAAGGACUCAUAUAA